AGAGAGAAUACAGUGGGCGAUCACACUGAAACGAAGAAGAGGCCUCGACAAACACUUUCUCUCUCUAGCUGCCUGUCUCUCUCUUUCCCUCUCUAUUCUGGGCACUGUUCCUUUUUUUCACAAAGUCCAAGGUUCUGGGUUUCGAGGAAAUCGCCCACGGGGACCCGAUCCGGUUCAAUUCGGAGCGUAAGAAAGAUGAAAGGAGAUCCUCUUCCCCACCCGUCAGCACGCACUCCCCCCAUUUACAUUCCCUCAUAAACUUUGUCAGAUUGAGCGGUGGGUGUAUAUAAAGAGAUGCGGAGAUUCGUGGCUGAUAAAGCCAAGUCUCUCUUCCACCUCUCCCGUUCCUUUCAGCGCCGCCCCGAGCCUCUUAAUCCUCUCCAAUCCCUGUUGUUGACCCGUUUCUUGUCCUCCACCUCCAUCGUCGAUUGCCCUUCUCCGUCUCCUUCCUCUUCUACCAUGGAUCCUCCUACCCCGCUGACCCUUCACACUAUCAACCCCAAGGUUCUAAAAUGCGAAUAUGCUGUGCGUGGUGAGGUUGUCACUAUUGCCCAGCGUUUACAGCAAGAGCUCAAAGAUAACCCAGGGUCCCACCCUUUUGAUGAGAUACUUUAUUGUAAUAUCGGGAAUCCGCAGUCUCUGGGUCAGCAGCCUAUCACAUUUUUCCGAGAGGUUCUUGCUUUAUGUGACCACCCCUCCCUCUUGGACAAAAGCGAGACCUCAGGCUUGUUCAGUGCUGAUUCGAUUGACCGAGCUUGGACGAUUCUCGAUCAAAUUCCUGGAAGAGCAACUGGUGCAUACAGCCAUAGCCAGGGCAUUAAAGGUUUACGCGAUGCAAUUGCUGCCGGGAUUGAAGCCCGUGAUGGGUUCCCUUCUGAUCCUAAUGAUAUCUUCUUGACAGAUGGUGCUAGCCCAGGGGUUCAUAUGAUGAUGCAAUUACUCAUUAGGUCGGAGAGCGAUGGCAUACUCUGUCCCAUUCCUCAGUACCCCUUGUACUCUGCUUCCAUUGCCCUUCAUGGAGGCACCCUUGUUCCUUACUAUCUUGAUGAAGCGACUGGGUGGGGUCUGGAAAUCUCUGACCUCAAGAAGCAAUUGGCUGCUGCCAAAUCUAAGGGUUUGUCGGUUAGGGCUCUGGUAGUUAUUAACCCGGGCAACCCAACAGGACAGGUCCUUUCAGAAGAAAACCAGCGGCAGAUUGUGGAGUUCUGCAAGAAGGAAGGUCUCGUCCUUUUGGCAGAUGAGGUGUACCAGGAGAACGUUUAUGUACCAGAUAAGCAAUUUCACUCAUUCAAGAAGGUUGUGCGCUCAAUGGGGUAUGGUGACGAGGAUAUUGCCCUUGUCUCUUUCCAGUCUGUCUCCAAAGGUUAUUAUGGAGAAUGUGGUAAGAGAGGAGGUUACAUGGAAGUGACUGGGUUCAGUGCUGAUAUAAAGGAACAGAUCUACAAAGUUGCCUCUGUAAAUCUCUGCUCUAAUAUCUCGGGUCAGAUCCUUGCUAGCCUCGUCAUGAACCCACCUAAGGUUGGGGAUGAAUCCUAUGAGUCGUACCGUGGUGAGAGAGAUGGCAUUCUCUCAUCCCUAGCGAGACGUGCAAAGACCCUGGAAGAUGCAUUGAACAGCUUGGAGGGUGUGACAUGCAAUAAAGCUGAAGGAGCGAUGUACCUCUUCCCUCGUAUCCGCCUGCCUGAGAAGGCGAUCAAGGCAGCCGAGGCCGCUAACACAGCCCCUGAUGCCUUCUACUGCAAACGCCUCCUUAAUGCCACUGGGGUGGUUGUCGUUCCUGGUUCCGGCUUCGGGCAGGUUCCGGGGACAUGGCAUUUCCGGUGCACAAUACUGCCACAAGAGGAUAAAAUUCCGGCGGUUGUGUCCCGCUUGACUGAGUUCCACAGAGGUUUCAUGGACGAGUUCCGUGACUAAGGACUUAAGAUCAUUGCAUCCUGAUGGACUUGUAAGGAACCGAAGCAGCUGUUAGUAACGACUCGUUCUGUAUCCGGGAAUUUGUUUGAAUAGAGAGGAAAGGAGAUUCGGCGCGUAAUAUUUUGCCCAGUAUUUUUCUUCCCUCUUACUCUUGAUUUUUUGUUUCAAAUAAAUUCAGGAACUCACUAUUCAGCUGCCAAAAGUAUAUAUGGGGGUCUUAUCGUCUUA